GUAUAGCUCGGUUGGUAGAGUGGCCGUGCCAGCAACUUGAGGGUUCCAGGUUCGAUCCCCGCUUCCACCAUCCUAAUCACUGCCGUUGUGUCCUUGGGCAAGACACUUUACCCACCUGCUCCCAGUGCCACCCACACUGCUUUAAAUGUAACUUAGAUAUUGGCUUUCACUAUGUAAAAGCGAUUUGAGUCACUAGAGAAAAGCGCUCUAUAAAUGAAAGCACAGCUCCGCAUCUCCGUUGAGCUUCAGAAGCGGCAAAGUCCAGUUCACAAAGGAGAUCUUCUUGUGAGGUUGACGGAUGACGUGGAUGCAUGUUUUCUCUACAGCCUCCACAUUUCAGAGGAAGAUUUUCAAAGUUUAAAAGCGCAGCAGAGAAUUCGGUUGGAAUUCACAUCGUUCCCCGACAUGCUCAUUGAGUAUUUUAAUGAAUGUCGGUCCGAGCAGAAGUCCAGCCAUCCCAGGUUCCAGCUGCUUCUUUCUAGUGACUCUGUCGCACUCCAAGGCCCCGCCAACUUGUGUGUAAUGGAGAGAUGUUCCUACCAAGACACGGACCGCCUGACCCUGAGGCUCAAGCCAGGCUCAGACAGAGAAGUCAAUGAGUAUCUGGCCGCAUCUCUGACAUCUCUCAAGAGCCGACUAGAGAAGCAGAAGCUGGAGCUGAGCCACAAGCUGGAGAGCGAUCGCCAGCAGUUUCAAACACGCCUGGCAGAACUGGAGAAAUCCUGCCAGGACCUGACGCAAGGGAGGUACAAAGACGAGUCGGCCAACAACGAGCUCAAAUGCAAGCUGGAGGGUGCCAAGCAGGACUGUGGAUUGUGGCAGCAGCAUUGUCGGCACUUCAAGCAGCACGUGGCGUCUCUAAAGAAGGAGAACCACUUUCUCCACACAACCCUCCACGAGAAGGAGUGUCUGGCCAACCAGCUCCAGAUGAGGGUGGGCGAUCUGGAGCAAGACAUUAAGACCAAGGAUCAGCAGGUGGUCCAUACCAGCGAGGCGCUCGAGCCCACCAAGCAGCAGAAGGAGUGUGUAGAAGAAAAAGCAGAAAGUAAAGAACAUGAAAUCCAGAAACUUGAGGAGGAGGUGACAUCUUUGAUAUACAACAUGAAUAAGGGCUACUACAUCAUCGAUAAGUUUAUGGAUGAAGAGCAAAAGUAUAGACAUGAGGUGCGAACUCUGGUGGUCAAACUCCAGGCCAAGGACUUUGAGCUGAAGAAACAGCAGAAGAUCCUCCAGGAGACCCAGGCCAAACUUGAGCACACUGAAAAAGACCUCCAUGAGACUCAGCAGCAGCUCUCCAGCAAGGACCAGCAGGUUGAAAAGCUUGAAAAGCAGCUGAAUGAGAGUAAAGACUUGCUGCAAACCAACAAGAACGUCAUCAGUUGGCUCAACAGGCAGCUACAUGAGAAGCAGAUUGCAGAGAUGCCACACCUUCCAGAACCUUUGGAGAGUGCGUCUGCGCUGUCGUCCGCUGGACUACAGACGCAAUUCUAUCCUCAAACCUCCAAAGCGGCGUCCUCUGACCUAGAUGCAGUUCCUAAGCACACACAAUCUGCAGGUCUGGACCCCAAAUGUUUCAGGUGAUCGGACAGCAUUCCAGUCUACGGCCUUCCAGCCAGUCUGCCUCCCAGAGAGUCCCCACCUAAACGGAACACAGCACCUGUGCCAUCAACAUAUUUCCCUUCCUAAGCUUUAUUUAUUUAUUUAUUUAUUUAUUUUAAUUCAAUUGUCAUUGUUCCUGUGUUUUGUAUUUUAACUUUAAUAAACAACAAAUUACCUAAUUUUGCUGUCAUAGU